UGGGCGGCGGAUGAGGCGCGUGUGAGCCACACGGCACCAGGCUGCGCCCUCCGCCGCCGCACAACCUCACCGGCAUCUCCAUCCAUCCACCGCUCCCAGCCAUCUCGUCUCCCCCUGCUUCUCUGGCUCGCGGCUGGCUCGCCUACGGCGGCGCGCGCGGCCUAGCUUGUGGUGGGCUCGCCUGCGGCGACACGCGCGGCCUCGCCCGUGGCGGCGCAUGGCCUCGCCCACGGCGGCUCGUGGCCUCGCGGCUCCCUUGAGUUCUCAGCUCUACAGCUCUACAUCUCCCCUGCUUCUCUCUCCCCCUGUUUCUCGCUCCCCAACCACAGCCGCCUGCUCGCGCACCUCUGCCACGCGGGAGGCCGCCUCGCCUUCCGCACUGCAGCCCUCCCGGCGGACGGGCGCGGCGACGGCGCCGCCUCUUACAAGGAGCUCGGUCUGUACUUGAAAAAGAGGAUUGAAGAUGCAGUUGUCCGGGUUGAAACCACCACAUCCAGUGCUCUGGAGAUGGAGGAAGCACAGAGAAUUAAGCAGGAAGAGGUACUGCAGAAGCGUAACUUGUGGGAUAAUCCAGCUAAGUCACAUGAGACGCUCUCUGCUCUGGCGGAUGCCAUCAGGGUGGUCGACCAUCUAAAAGAUCUCCGCUUCAAGGCUGAAGAGGCAAAGUUGAUAAGUCAACUAUCAGAGAUGGAUGUCAUAAAUGGUGAGCUAUUUAAGCAAGCAUACAAAUCUUAAGUAGAUGCUAGCGAGUAUCUAUAUCGCUACCAGAUGUACAAGCUUCUUAAGGGUCCAUUUGACAAGGAAGGAGCUUGUAUUAUUGUUACUGCAGUAUCAGACUGUGUUGCUUCUGAGCUAUGGGCAGCGAAGGUCUUUGGCAUGUAUACAAGUUGGGCACGGAAGCAAGGUUGCAAGGUUGGAUUGAUUGAGAAGAUUUCUUCGAUGAGUGGCCAUGUCCGGACUUUAGCGAUGGAGAUUGAAUCAGAGUACAUGUUUGGCAUCCUUUCUAGAGAAAAAGGAAUGCAUCGAAUGACAUACUCUUCCCUUGAAAAUUCUGAUAAAUAUCAGGCCUUAUCAGCUAGAGUCGACGUAAUCCCCCUGUUCUUGGAUAGACCAGUUAAUCUUCACUUGGAUGACAAUGAUAUAGAGAUCGCUCCUUCACCUUCUGAAUGUAAGAAGCAAGAUAGUAGAAACUGUGCUGCUGUCAGGGUUCUACACAAACCAAGUGGAGUCACUGCUGAAAGUUCAGGUGAGAGAAGCUAUUUUGCAAACAAGCUAAAAGCUACGAGUAGGUUGAAAUUAAAGCUCCUUUUAAUAGCUAGAGAAUUGGGAGUAUCAGACAUGAAGAUUAUGAACAAACAAGCUAUAGAGUAUAAGUGCAGCGGUGGAACGCGAAGGUACACAUUUGGGCCUCAGAAGUUGGUCCAUGAUCUCAACACAGGCAUCCAGUUAUCAGAUUUGAACUUGGUUUUGGAAGGUGAAAUAGAACCAUUCAUCAGAGGCCGUAUUAUCGCCAGGCAAUGAUGAUACAGCUCAUUAAUCGAUUGAUUGUGCCCCCUCAUUGUGAUCCUGUACAUUUAUUUCUGUCCUUAUACAAACUACACCACAUCAAAAGAUGACCUCUGUAAAAUAUAUCACAUUUCAAGCCAAAAGGCAUGAUACCUUGUAUACAAAACAUUAAGUUCUUAGCAACAUCUGCUUCACUCCAUUACGACUAAUGCUCAUUCAUUCCUGAUGUAAUGAACCAGCCACUUGCGUUGUCACGCUCGUGCAUUGCGCU